CUGUACUCAUCUACAGAGCAAAACUUCCAGCACACGAUGGCAGAGGAAGCACCAGCACCGGCGGCAGCAGCACCCGCUGCCACUCAGGAGAAGAAACCAAAGAGGAAGGUCAAAAAGGCGAAGAGCUCUGGGUUAAGCGUGAGGGAGCUCAUCAUCAAGUGCGUGGCUGAAUCCAAUGAGCGGGGCGGUGUGUCUGUGGCCAGCAUCAAGAAAAAACUGGCUGCUGGAGGAUAUGAUGUGGAGAAGAACAACAGCCGUAUCAACACCGCCAUUAAGGCGCUUGUAGCGAAAGAGGUUCUGGUCCAGACCAAGGGCACCGGGGCAUCCGGCUCCUUCAAGAUCAACAAGAAGACGUCAGAAGUAAAGCCCAAGAAGAAGCCCGUGAAGAAACCUGCAGCUGCGAAGAAGCCCGCAGUUAAGGCAGGCAAGACAUCCGUGACGCCUAAAAAACCCAAGAAGCUAGUAGCCGCCAAGAAGUCUCCAGCGAAAGCUAAAAAAUCGGCACCGGCUAAGAAAAAGGCCAAGAUCCAGAAGAAAGCGGGCAAGAAGACCCCAGCUGCAAAGAAACCCGCCGCGUCAAAGAAGGUUUCCAAGGCCAAAAACAAGAAGGCAGCACCCAAAAAGAAGUGAGCUGCCACUAACUCACCGAAUCUGAACAAAAGGCUCUUUUAAGAGCCACCCACAUCAUAUUCUGAGUCCAUAUUCCUUAUUAUUAUUAUUAUUAUUAUU